AAGUUUCAUUUCAACUACUUAUAAUUUGUUUCCUUAUUUCUACCAGCCGUAGACUUCUAAUAUACGUAGAGAUGUCACAUAGUUGAGGAGUAAGUCGUGUUCAGUGGGUACAGAGCUCCAAGAUUACAUUCUUCCUCCUGAGGAUGACGUAUCGAGCAGUAGGAUUUGGCACUCGAAGCAGAGGUUUGAAGCCGUGGGUGGCUGUGCUUCUCAUGGUAUCAGUGCUGACUGUGGCGGUAGUGGUCCUCGGUCUUCUGGCUCACUUUUUACUUUCUGGCCAGAAAAGGGAAUAUUUCCAUGGCACAUUUAAAAUUUCAGAUCUACAGGUCAGCAGUAAUUCUGGACAAAAUAGCACGUACCAGUUUAAGGAUUUAUGGGAGAUGAUGGAAAACCUGGUGGAUGAGAUAUUUAUAGAUUCAGCCUUGAACAAGCAUUAUAUCAAGAACCGAGUAGUCAGACUGACCCCAGAGGAAGAUGGUGUGAAAGCAGAUAUUGUUAUGGUGUUCCAGAUCCCUUCUGCUGAGCAAAGAGAAGGAACAAAGAAGAAAAUCCAUAGCAUCUUAAAUCAGAAGACAAGGAACACAAGAGCCUUGUCAAAAAAUGCCUCGUCAGUACAAGUUAAUGAAAUGAGCUCAUCAACAGGGAAGCUAACUGUCCAAGCAUGUUGUGGUAAACGAGUUGUUCCAUUAAUAGUCAACAGAAUAAUGUCUGGCAGCAUUGCGGCCAAGGGUGCCUGGCCUUGGCAAGCUUCCCUGCAGCGUAACAACAUACACCAGUGUGGAGCCACCUUGAUCAGUGAUACUUGGCUGCUCACCGCCGCACACUGCUUUAAGAAUGAUGCAAAUCCACAUCAUUGGACUGUUAGCUUUGGAACAACAAUCAACCCUCCAUUAAUGAAAAGAAAUGUCAAAAGAAUUAUUGUCCAUGAGAGGUAUCACUCCCCAGCAAGAGAAUACGACAUUGCUGUUGUACAGUUCUCUCCCGCAGUCACCUUUACUGAUGAAGUCCACCCAGUUUGUUUGCCAGAAGCCUCUGCAUCCUACCAGCCGAAUUCAACUGUCUACAUCACAGGAUUUGGAGCACUUUUCUAUGGUGGGGAAUCCCAAAAUGAUCUUCGAGAAGCCAGAUUGAAAAUUAUAAGUGAUGAUGUGUGCAAGCAGCCAUAUGUGUACGGAAAUGACAUAAAGUUUGGAAUGUUUUGUGCUGGAUAUAUGGAAGGAAUUUAUGAUGCUUGCAGGGGUGAUUCUGGGGGACCUUUAGUUAUAAAGGAUCAUAAAGAUACCUGGUAUCUCAUUGGAAUUGUGAGCUGGGGAGAUAACUGCGGUCAAAAGAACAAACCUGGAGUCUACACAAAAGUGGCUUAUUACCGAAACUGGGUUGCUUCAAAAACAGGCCUCUAAUUCACUCUAAAAGUUAAACAUUGACUGCUGUAUGCAGGCCAUACAUGUAUGUGGAUCUAAAUAUUCAGCACAUGUAGUACAAUGGAGUGAUAUUAAAUGGCAUGAUUUAUUUUAGAAUCACUUUAAUCAACCAAUAACCUAUCACCAAUUUAUAAGGGAUUUAAAUUUGUAAAAUAGUGGGUCAGUUUCUGGCUUGAAAAAUACAGCAGAGAUACUCAGCUCUUUAAAUCAUGCAAGCUGAAGCAUAAAAGAGAAGCAACACAAACUUUUGAAGAUAAUCUGAGAUUUUUAGAAUGUCUUUGUCAGGGGUGUCCCCUUAAGUGAGAGACUUUUUAAAUUCUCAAAGAGCUCAGGAAACUCGUAUAUAAUUUCCUAUCAUUUCUCUAGGGUUCACAAAUACCUUUUUUUGUUUUUCCUUGUUUUUCUACCUUUAGAAAUGUAUUUUCUACUUAUAAGCCCAUUGGAGGGAUACUCAUUUUUUAAAAAGUUAUAUCUAGGAAACAAGUACAGAUAUAAAUCAAGCCAGAGAUCUUCUAACCCUUUUCUGUGUAAAACUUCCCUAAUUUUUUUGGUGAUUUCUUAAUAUAUAUAUAUUAUAUUAUACAUACACAGAUAACCCUACCUUCAGAUAUGUCCAGAGAAAGCCUUAUUAAUGAAUGAGUAUAUAUAGUAAUUAGCUAAUUGAAAAUGUAUUUUUGUUACAAAAAUUAGGGGGAAGGUGAUGGUAACUUCUUGGGCAGUCCCAAAACAAUGGCGCAAAAAUUUGACAUUUUAUAGAUGCAUUUACAUGUUUGGACCACCAGAAGGUGGCACUGUACAUUAUUAUAGUAAGGUUAAAUGCCUAGAAAACAAUUGAGUAUUUGCUAAUAUGUUGAAGAAUCAAUGAACAUUGUCAUUCUACAUAGAAAAAAAAAGUUUAUUGCUUUGUGUUUCUGCAGCCAACUAUCUCCUAAGGCUUGUGGCAAUAGCCUAUUACGAUCAGAGACACUAGUUUAAAAACAUUUUUAGUAAAUAUAAAUUUUGAGGACCUACCACACAGAACACAGGAACAAAGUGAUCUGAAAAAUCAAAUUUACCCACUAAGUAAAGUGCCUCAUGAAGACAGGAGGGUCAGGCCCAUGUAUGCUAUGAUGCAAUCAAAUGAAGGCUUUGUGGAAACUCUUACUCUGUGUGACACCAGCUAACAUCAGGUUUGUGGGUGGGUUGUCAUUUACUCAUGUUGUGCAAAUAUAAACUCAAUCAUUGAGUUACUUUAUAAUAAUUUCCCCCAUGUGCUAUUGAUAAGGCAUGAAAAUAAUCCUAUAAUAAUCUAAAGAAGAUUUAUAAUUUAUUCACCAAAGAAUUGAUCCAUAACUUAGAAUUUUAAAGCUUAAGAAAGACGUUCUAAGUCAUGCCAGCCAACAUCCUUAUGGUUCAGAGACCUGAGGCCAGGACACAUAAAGGACUUAGUGAAGCUGUAGGUAGUUUUUAUCCCUACUGGGCCUAGAACUCAGGUAUCAGUUUCACAUUUCUUUUUCCUUACAAAGUAUCUUUAUGAUUGUCUACAUUUAUUGAAUCAUC